GCUGCAUCACGCGCGGCGGCUUAUCCACGCGGCCGACGCAUAGCUCGUUUGCACAAGCAGCGCAGCGGUUCAAACGAAUUGCAAACGGCUGCGACAGUGAACCAGCUGGGACAGCAAACGCCGCUCCAGCAAAAAAAUAGGUGUCCAGCCAGGGCUGAGCCCCAAAUAAAAAAACCGGCGGAGCGCGCGCAGCGCUGGAGCGCCUGCCGCAGAACUACUGGGCGCAGCGGCGGCGCGCCUUGUCAUCACCAAAGAAAACGAGCAAAACCAUGGAGACCAUCACGCUCCGCUCUUUGACGAAGAUAAAAAAGCAUUGCCGCGGCCAGGCCAAGCUCAAAGAUUUACGAGCAGUCUGCGACGAACAGAUCCAACGCAUCGAAGCGUACAAGGCCGGCGGUGAAGGUGGUGAUGAUGCGAGUCCGUUCUUCGAGCCGCUCCGAUUGGCCUGUAAGUCACUCCACGCGCCAUGCAUGGAGGAAGCCUUAGAUUGCAUCCAGAAGCUCAUCGCGUAUGGCUACCUCCGAGGGACCGCUAGAGGCCCCGCGUCGCGUGACGACGACGACGACGAGGUGACCCCGAAGGAGACGCGGACACCGUCGACGAUGGAUAGCAUCAUAGAAACGAUCUGUGGGUGCGACGACUUCGACGACGACAACGUGCAAUUGCAGGUCAUCAAGGCGCUGUUGACGGCCGUUACGUCGCAAACGUGUGAGGUGCAUGAAGGGGGGUUGUUGGUAGCCGUGCGAUCGUGCUACAACAUCCACUUAGUUACUCGUAAUGCUGUGAAUAAAACGACCGCAAAGGCUACGUUGACCCAGAUGUUGUCGAUAGUGUUCCAGCGCAUGGAGGCGGCCGACGCCGGGGCACCUACCGUUCCCGAUACUACAUAUGUGGAAGGUGAUAGUGUACAUGUACCAGACUACGGGUUGGGUACUGUCGUUUCGUGUGAUGGCACGAAUUGCGUCAUAUCAUUACAAGCCUGGGAGCAGGACGGCGAGGCGGCUCAAUUGCACUGCUCGACGACUUCCCUGCGACCGCCGGUCAACGAAGAGGGCCGCCAGAAGAAGGUCGUCGGCACGGACCCGACGCCCGGCGCCGAAUUAAGAGAUGGUUCUCUGGUCUUAGUGAGGCAAGACUCCUCAGCGCAGUUCUCGAGCGCGCAUCACAAGGACGCGUUUCUGCUCGUCCGAGCCUCUGUAAAUUAAGCAUGAAGGGCGGCCCCGCGGAAGGCAACGAGGCGGACCCCGCCGAGCCCAUCUCCAUGCAGUCCAAGGUGUUGUCCUUAGAACUACUGUUAAGUGUCUUGGAACAUGCUGGACCUGCAUUUAGGAAGGGUCCGAGGUUCGUUGGGGCGGUUAGACAGUACCUCUGCGUCUCCUUACUGAAGAACUGCACGUCGUCGGCGACGCACGUCGUCGCCCUGGCGUUGCGACUCUUCGUGGCACUCAUCGUCCGCUUCCGAUCGAAUCUGAAAGCCGAAGUCGAGGUCUUCAUCUCCCACAUCUUCCUACGUAUUCUAGACAGCGACAACAGCACGCACGAGCACAAGAUGCUCGUGCUGGAAGUGUUCCACCGGUUAUGCGCCGACGCCGAUGGGUUGGUGGAGUUGUUUUUGAGUUAUGACGCGGACUUUGAUAGUUUUGACAUCUAUCGGAACGUCGUGAUUAGUCUAGGUAGAGUCGUCAAGGAGCCCAUGCCGGUCCAGGAGUCCGGGGAGAAAGGGAGACGUUUAUCUACGAAUGAUGGGGCAUUGAGGAGACUAGCUCUGUCCGGACUAGUGGCGGCUCUCCACUCCUUGGCGACGUCCUGCGGUGUGGAUGUAGGUGAAAGUGAAGGCGGCGCCGAGGACUACGCCCAACCUUCCGACUCAUUAGCUAGAGCGGCGCCCGGCCAACCGCGGCAGCCCGAAAAAGUAGCCCCACCCCCGCCCCCGGAGCUGUCGGAAACGCCACGAAUGCUCUCUCGACGUAGUAGUGACGACCUGGCCAAGACCAAACAGGAAAGAUUGGCCUCGACGCAAGUCGACGCGUUCGACAGAAAACAAAGACUGCAGGAGGACCUCAAAGAUGGGAUCCUCAAGUUCAACCUCAAGCCCAAGCUCGGCCUGGCUUCCUUGCACAACAAGGGCCAGCUGGACCAGAACGAUCCUAAAGCUGUGGCGCAGUUCUUAUUACAAAAUGCCGAGCGCCUUGAUAAGACCGUGGUCGGGGACUACCUGGGCAAGGAGGAGACGUACCAGGACGGGUUUUGUGUCAAGGUGCUGCAUAGCUACGGCGAGCAGAUGGACUUCUCCGGUUUGUAUCAGUGUCCUUUGUACUACGCCGUCGCCGCGAGAGCUCACACGUGAAUCACGCAGGCCUCGAGUUCGACGUGGCCAUCCGCCACUUCCUGUCUGGUUUUCGCCUGCCGGGCGAGGCCCAGAAGAUCGACCGCAUCAUGGAGACCUUUGCGGCGCGGUACUGCGCGCUGAAUAGCGAAGUGUUCCCGUCGGCUGAUGUCGCAUUUGUAUUAGCGUUCUCCGUCAUCAUGCUCCAGACGGACCUCCACAAUCCAGCCAUCAAAGAAGAGAAGAAGAUGACGAAGGACGGCUUCCGACGCAAUAAUAGGGGUAUAUGUAAUGGGAGCGACCUCGACGCCCAAUUCCUCGACGAGAUCUUCGACCGCAUCAAGGCCGCGCCCAUCACGCUCGCCGAGGACGACAAGUUGCGGGAGAAGGAGGAGCAGGCCUCUACUUCCGUCGCUUCGUCCAUGAGCGCGGCCUUUGGCCUGAAUAGCGACGCGACGCGCCGCAAGCGAGCCGAGGCCUUCAGCAAAGAGAGGGAAGCCAUGGUCCGUUCGUCCGUCCAAGCCAUCCGCCAAGGCGCUCGACCGGCUUUUGCGGCUUUCAGACAGGACUCAGCCACCGAAGAAUUUUCAAAACCGUCACCAGCGAACAAGGUCGCCGCAGCGGCAAAGAUGUUCGAGGUCGCCUGGGGUCCCGGUUUAUCCGCCUUUUCGCAUGCGCUGGAGCGGAUCUUCCACGGUCCUAGGCCUACGGCCCUGGCGCUGCGAGGCCUGAAGAUCUCGGCUUGUCUCGCGUGUGCGCUCGAAUUGGAUGUGGCUGCUCUAUCCCUAGUGAACGCUCUAGCGUCAUUUACAACUUUGGAUGGGCCCUUCAAGGUCAUGCUACCUCGCAAUGCCGCUUGUGUCGAAGCGUUGUUAGGUCUCACAGCGGUCCCGGACUGUGCCGAGAACUUAGGCUCGGCCUGGUUGCCCGUACUGAGAGUAGCGUCGCGGGUAGCCCACUUACGCCUACUAACGACAGGAGCGCGGACCGACGACGCCUACUUCACCUCUACCCAUGCGCCGGACGAAAAGGAGUAUCAAGAUAGGAAAUUGCGAGAUGAGGAAAGCGCCAGGGCCUUGGCGGCGCACUCCGUGCUCACGGAUGCUUCACUAGAUGAACUGUACGCUCGCUCCACGAAGUUGUCAGCUGUUGGGGUCGAGAGAUUCGUGGCCGAACUCUGCGCCGUGUCCGCAGCGGAGCUAUCCACGGGAGAUCCGUCGAGCGGCACGCAGUACUUCCUCGACGAAUCGGAUCUGAGGCCGGGCGGCAAGUACGACGACUUACAACCGUUACCGGCGUUAGGAGACCCGAGGCGGCCGCGAGUGGCGGCAUUGCAAAGAUUAGUAGAUGUCGCGGAUAUGAACGUGCACUUGAGGCCUAGAUUAGCUUGGGACCGCAUGUGGCGCGUCCUGGCGGCGCAUUUUGCGAGGGCGGGAGCCCACGCGAAUGCAGAUGUGGCCACGUACGUUGUCGACUCGCUGCGCCAGCUAUCGCUCAAGUUCUUGGCCAAAGAGGAGCUCAAGGCGUUCACGUUCCAAAGGGCGUUCCUGAAGCCCUUCGAACGGGCGUUCCGGGCGAACCAAGGGUCGCUGGAUAGAGCUCCGGUGCGGGCGUACAUUGUCGCUUGUCUCGAUGUUUUGGUGCAAGCUCGAGCUUCGAAGAUUAGGUCUGGAUGGAAAUCAAUACUAGGCGUGCUGAAGGACGCGUCCGGCGAUCCCGACCGAGCUGUGUCGCAAGCGGCCUUCGAAGCUCUCGGACGGGUCUUGGACCACCAUCUAGCGUUGGUGGCGCCCGACUUCGUUUCUGUGGUAGGAACGGCGGCUUCUUUUGCUUCAUAUAGUUCAAAUGACGAAGCUCGAUCGGCUACGGCGCUAGAAGCUCUAGCUAGGUUGGACGCGUGUGCUCGCGCACUAGCGGACGGAUCGAUACGAGCAGCUACGAGAGCCGCCUCGGCGUCGCGUGACGGAGACCUCCCGGAAGGACCGGAGAACGAACCCCCUCCAGACGACGCGCAACUCGAACUGUGGUGGCCCCUCUUACUAGGUCUGGCGCGACUCGUCGCGGAUCCGCGGGAAAAGGUCCGCAAUGCCGCGUUAGCUACCCUAAGAAGAGUGCUGGAACGAGAUGGCCUCAAGGAGUUCGGCGCGGAGACGUGGCGACUGGUCUUCCGGGGCGUCUUGUUCCCUUGUUUAGAAUCAGCGUGGACCGACGACGCGCCUCGACCCGCUUCUGUCAGACCUACAGAUCCACCCCCAGGACCACCCCCACCUAGUGAAGCGUCUUGGCUGGACACGACGGCUCCGGCGGUGCUGGAUUGCAUUGUUGGUUUGUAUGCGCGUCUAGGUGGAAGCAGGGAGCACACGCCGUUGUUAGGUGAGGUAUUAGCUUUGUUGGGAGAUUGUGUGUGCCAGGACGCGGAGAGACUAGCCAGACUAGGAGUAGAUGCUCUUGAGAGACUAUGUCAGGCCGUUUCUUCAUUCACAGAUCCGGAGACGUCAGAGGAGGGUUGGGACGUCUGCUGCCGAGGCUUGGCGCACGUGGUUGAAAGAGCCUUGCCGCCUGCAUUGGAUGCUUACCUGAGACCGGAUCCCCGUCAACAAAAGGAUAGGGACGCCGACGCCUUAGCUGCUUCAUUACCGCGCGCGCCUACUCUCGCAAGACUCGUGGCGUCGCUGCGACUACCUCGGGUGUGCGGGCUGUUGCUGUCAGAUGCCGCUAAAAGAGGUUCAUUAACAGAGCAAGGUGCCGACGCGUUGCUCGGAGCAUUGGCCGGGUCGAGGCAAUUCGCGUGCGCGUUCGACGCCGACGGUCCCUUGCGCAAGGCCUGUCUCACGUCGAGACUCAUGGGCGCCGACGCUCCCGAUCUAGUAGCUCAGAGAGUGUCGGCUGGCUCGGAGGCCUUUGCCGCUUUACAACGAGCCUUCUCGUCCAACAAUGAAGGCAUACGUUCAUUGGCGGAGCCGCGGUUGCUGGGGUUAUGUCGGGACGUCUUGCGCGAGUACGCCUCGGCCGAAAGGCGGGCUUUAGCGGAGAAGGCGGGCAAAACAGCGGGUCUGCCGCAGCCCGCGCAGUUGCUGGAUAGCGCGACGCCUCUGGCGCUGGAAGCUUUGGCGUUCGUGCGCGACCUGGACGCCCAGGCCUUCGCGAAGCACUGCGCUUGGUUGGUACCUGUGCUCUCUGAAUUGAUCGUGUGCCAGUCGGUGCCUCUCCGGACGACGGUCGCGGCGGUCUUCGCCACCAGACUGCCGUCGGCUUUGCUAUCGACGACUCGCCCGGAGCGCGUCCAGACGCCGACGGACGCCGCGCUGGCGGCGCCGGUCUUCAGCCAGCCCGCGGACGCUGCGUCGCCGACGCGGCACCCGGGGACGGUGUCGCGGGCGUACAAGCUCUUCGAGUCGCCGGCUUGAUGAGCGCUUCUCCUUUCCCCUCCACGGGUAAGGUUGGUGUUCUCGAG